AUGUUGAUCAGGAUGUCCUGCAAGGCGACGAUGCAAUCCUGCUUCUUGCCAAUCUUGCUCCUUGGGCUGGUGUCCGGGUUGGUACGCUGCGCCCCUCUCUCUGCCCAGCCCAACGCCACCCUGGAGCGACGGUGGGAGACUCUCUUGUCCCGCUCCAUGUCUCGAAUCCCCGGGGAGAGGAAGGAGAUGAGCCGGGAGACUGACUAUUUGGUGGGCAUCAAAAGGCUGCGGAGGCUUUACUGCAACGUGGGCAUCGGGUUCCACCUCCAAGUGUUGCCCGAUGGAAGGAUAAAUGGGAUACACACUGAGAAUCGCUAUAGUCUUUUAGAAAUCUCUCCAGUGGAAAGAGGUGUGGUCAGCCUGUUUGGUGUUAGAGGUGGGCUGUUUGUAGCCAUGAAUAGCAAAGGCAAGCUUUACGGAUCUGUACACUUCCAUGAUGAGUGCAAGUUUAGAGAGAUUCUCCUGCCGAACAACUACAAUGCCUACGAGUCCUGGGAAUACCCAACCAUGUACAUAGCGUUAAGCAAGAAUGGCAAAACAAAGAAAGGAAAUAAAGUCUCUCCCAUCACUACAGUGACUCAUUUUCUACCUAGAAUUUGA